UUGCCAUAUUCAGCAGGAGAAAAAUUUCUUCAUUUUGACGACGAUGAAUUAUGGACUAUCAAAGACACAACACAACUACGAGAUUACACUGAUCUUCAUUACGUGGCAAUUCACGAAAUUGGCCAUGUUCUCGGUCUAGAUCAUUCCAGCGAUCAGAACUCUAUAAUGGCUCCUUAUUACCAAGAUCCCUUAGAUAAGUUCGGCAACUAUCAAGAUCCGAAACUUGGUGAAGACGAUAUCAAAAAAAUUCAAGAGCUUUACGGUGAGUUUAACAUGCAUAAAAUUUUAUAA